AUGUCGGCUAAUACUCCCCCCUUGUCGGUUGGUUUAUCCAUGAAUAAGUUGGUUUUAGCGAUUAAUAAUUGGGAGCCUAUAAAGAUGAUGGUUGAUGAGGGUUUGCCGGAACAAGAGAUAAGGGUGAUUUCACAAGUAGUUGCUGAGACACUUGAUGGCCAGCCACGUAUCAAUCGGUCCGAUAGUAUUGUUGAUUUAUUAGAAGAGUUUUUGAUUUCAGUAUUAGAUGAGUACCAGAUUGUUUUGGAUGAUGGAGUGCUAAGGGAGUUUGCCAUGAUAAUUAUUGGCGUUCACAAUCGGUCAUUGCAUUAG